AUGGAGCCAAGUGGUUCAGGCUCAACGGAUAGGCCUGGUCAGAAUGCUGAUCAAUCCUUUCGAUUCGUUACUAUUCAAGACCCUGAAGAAUCCAAGGGUCGCGAGUUCAGGAGAUCAAUCAGGUCACAUGCCGUCAAGCAGGCUCUUCAGAGCAAACGAAAGAAUGAAAGGUCCCGAAGCGAGCAUUUCCGUCUCGCCUCUUUCAAUCCAGGUAGCUCGAGUACUGUAGAGAGGGGGACACAAACUGAUGCACGGGUUUCUUCGCCCCUUUCGACCCUCGGGUUAUUUCAGAGUUCCUCGGAGGACGGUGAGGCGAGCGGGUCGAGGUUGAGAUCGUUGCUGAGAUCCGACGAAGCAAAACAAGCUCUUGAGCCAGUCUUCAGCCUUGGGGAUGAUGUUGCUCUUCAGAAUUUCCGUUCGGUGUUCCGGACAGGUGUAGAUGACCCAGCCCUCCUGAACGCAGUCCUGCUCACGGCAACUUUCGCCGCGACAAGAAAUGUUCUCGACCGGGAAUACCUCCAAUACCAAACCGAGACGAUCAAGAUCAUACGCGAGAGAAUUAGCAUGUCUGAUACCACCACUACCAUCUCGACAAUGGGUGCCAUUCUGCUCCUUGCAGGCAUCGAGACACGCCUUGGAAUGCGAUCCCAAGUUGAAAUUCAUCUGAAAGCCAUCCAGCGUCUGCUCGAAUCCUCGAAGAUAUGGCAAGUAUACUUGACCGAUGGUAUCAGACGAGCCAUAUUCUGGCAGGACUUGUACUCACACAUCUUGACUGCCUCAGAACGUAUAGUGACUCAUAAUACCUUCAACGAGUUGCGGUGGGAGAGGGAUAUCUUUCCUUCCGACAUCUUUGUUUUGUCGCCCGGAUUCCAGAGAAAGGCACAGCUCUUCCCCGAGGAGUUCCUGGAAGUCCUCAGAGACAUACAUGCAAUGCAGUGUUGUCGAGAUUCUACUUUUUUUGCGCCCGAGGACACAAUCUCCAUGAUGCAUGUGGACAAUCAGCAGGCGUGGGUUCAGUCCAAGCUGGUCGGCCUACCGACGCUGCCAUGCGUUCAGGAAUGCUGUAGAUGGGCGGCAUAUUUGGCCGCUUCGAUGCUCUGCUGCAAGAUUUGGCGCUUGUCCGUGAUGCCGCCUUGGAUCUCUGCGCAACUCCUUCAGAAGUUACAGCAGCGACAUGACGAGUCGGUAUGGGACGGCCACCGCGACUUGCUGGCUUGGGUGUUGUAUAUCGGAGGCGCGUUCGCUCCUGUCGGGCCCGUGCGAUCGGGCUAUGUCGGGCUUGUGCAGGAGGAACAUUUCCAGGAACAUGGCCAUCUGACUGCUUCUUGGCCUGAUUUGGUUGAGGUUCUCAGACAGUUCGUCUGGUCUGAAAAGGCGUUUUAUGCACAGGUGAAAUUGUUUUGGGAGGAGGCGAUAUCUGUUCGCCAGUGA